GGCUUUCAAAUUUGGCCGUCAUUUUAAAAUCAAUAAUUAAAAAGAAGAAAAACAGCAACAACAACUAAAUAACUAAAGCCAAAUAAAUACUUAACAAUAAAAGAAGAAAGAAAACGUAACAGCAAAAGAAGCCAGACAGAGCUGAAAGUGUAUCAAAUGAAGCAACAACAAAAAGAACAACAACCACAAGACAACCAAAACAACAAUAAAUUAAACCACCAAUUUGUAAAGUGCAACAACUAAGCAACAACAACAACAACAAUAGCAACAGCAGCAACAACAAAGCCAACAACAACUGAAGCAAACAAAGUAUGUCAGAGAACAGCAGCGACAACAAUGGCGACCAACAGAGCCAGGGCCAGGGUGCGGAGGGCGAGGCCGUGGGCGAAAACAAAAUGAAGUCGCGUCUGCGCAAAGGAGCCCUCAAGAAGAAGAAUGUCUUCAAUGUCAAGGAUCAUUGCUUUAUCGCACGCUUUUUCAAGCAGCCCACGUUCUGUUCCCACUGCAAGGAUUUCAUCUGCGGCUAUCAAUCGGGAUACGCAUGGUUGGGCUUUGGCAAACAAGGAUUCCAGUGUCAAGUCUGCUCUUAUGUGGUGCAUAAGCGUUGCCAUGAAUACGUCACCUUCAUAUGUCCCGGCAAGGAUAAGGGCAUUGAUUCCGCACACCAGAUGCCACACAAAUGGCACAACGUUGCCUUCCUAUCGCCGAUGUUUUGCGAUCAUUGCGGCUCGCUCUUGCACGGCAUCACGCACAAGGGUCUCAAGUGUCGAGCAUGCGAUAUGAACGUUCAUGCACGCUGCAAGGAGAACGUGCCCAGCUUGUGCGGCUGCGAUCAUACGGAGCGACGGGGACGCAUAUAUCUCGAGAUAAAUGUCAAAGAGCAUCUGCUCACCGUGCACAUCAAGGAGGGGCGCAAUCUCAUACCCAUGGACCCCAAUGGACUGAGCGAUCCGUAUGUGAAGGUCAAGCUGAUACCCGAUGACAAGGAUCAGUCCAAGAAGAAGACGCGCACCAUUAAGGCGUGCCUCAAUCCCGUGUGGAAUGAGACCAUUAGCUACGAUCUCAAGCCGGAGGACAAGGAUCGACGUAUAUUGAUCGAGGUGUGGGACUGGGAUCGCACCUCACGCAAUGAUUUUAUGGGCGCCUUGUCGUUUGGCAUAUCGGAGAUUAUCAAGAAUCCCACCAACGGUUGGUUCAAGCUGCUGACACAGGACGAGGGCGAAUAUUACAAUGUGCCCUGUGCGGAUGAUCAGCAGGAUUUGCUUAAGCUGAAGCAGAAGCCGUCGCAGCGGAAGCAGCCGAUGAUGCGCUGCGAUACACACACACAUUCACAGUCCAAAAAGGACAUGAUACGUGCCACAGACUUUAAUUUUAUUAAAGUGCUGGGCAAGGGCUCCUUUGGCAAGGUGCUGCUAGCGGAGCGCAAGGGCAGCGAGGAGCUGUAUGCAAUUAAGAUACUCAAAAAGGAUGUGAUUAUACAGGACGACGAUGUCGAGUGCACCAUGAUUGAGAAGCGUGUGCUGGCGCUGGGCGAGAAGCCGCCGUUUCUUGUCCAGCUGCAUUCCUGCUUUCAGACCAUGGAUCGCCUUUUCUUUGUCAUGGAGUAUGUGAACGGCGGCGAUUUAAUGUUUCAAAUACAACAAUUUGGAAAGUUCAAGGAGCCAGUCGCCGUAUUUUAUGCUGCGGAAAUUGCGGCAGGGCUAUUCUUUCUGCAUGCCAAGGGCAUUUUGUAUCGGGAUCUGAAGCUGGACAAUGUGCUCCUGGAUGCCGAUGGGCAUGUCAAAAUCGCCGACUUUGGCAUGUGCAAGGAGAACAUUAUGGGCGAGAAGACGACCAAAACAUUCUGCGGCACACCGGACUACAUAGCGCCAGAGAUAAUACUCUAUCAGCCGUAUGGCAAGUCUGUUGAUUGGUGGGCCUAUGGUGUGCUUCUCUAUGAGAUGCUGGUGGGUCAGCCGCCCUUCGAUGGCGAGGAUGAGGAGGAGCUGUUUGCGGCCAUAACCGAUCAUAAUGUAUCCUAUCCCAAGAGUCUCAGCAAGGAGGCCAAGGAGGCGUGCAAGGGCUUCUUGACCAAGCAGCCCAACAAGCGUUUAGGUUGCGGCGCCUCCGGCGAGGAGGAUGUGCGUUUGCAUCCAUUUUUCCGGCGCAUCGACUGGGAGAAGAUAGAAAAUCGUGAGGUGCAGCCGCCGUUCAAGCCAAAAAUUAAACACCGCAAGGAUGUGUCCAAUUUUGAUAAGCAAUUCACAUCAGAGAAAACAGACUUGACGCCCACGGAUAAGGUGUUUAUGAUGAAUCUUGAUCAAUCGGAAUUUGUUGGCUUCUCCUAUGUCAAUCCCGAAUACAUUGUCAGCCCAUAAGCAGCUGUUAGGAACAGGAAACGGAAACGGAAACGAAAACGGAACCAGCGAGUUGUGUCUCACACUCAGCAAUUAGAUGAAGGAUACUACGUUUCGGUUGAGAGUUUUAAACGUUAUUCGAUUGUAAUGUUGGCCCCUGCAUUAUAAGCAAAUCGAAAUAUGCGUUUAAGCAAGUUGGCAUGGACAAUUUAGUAUAUAAAUACAUAUAUACAUAUAUAUAUUCUAAGCACUUUUCAUUACUUUCGAACAUUCAGAAAUAUCAUAGCAUACUUAUGAGCGUAUUUCUUAUUUGGCACCUUUCAAUUAGCUGUAUGUGUGUGUAUAAAUUAUAUGAAUUAUAAACGAUUUCUAGCAUAUAUUACCCGAAUAUAUGCAUACAUAUAAACGGCAUAGAGUCUCAAUGUACCAUAAUAAAAAGAAAGGAAAAUAAAAGGCAAAACUAAUUGCAUAGCAAUAAGUUAAAGCUAAAAGAAAGUUUAGGUUUAGUCUAAAAAUAAACUAAAUUUAUUGCUCUUAACUGCGCCAGAAGUCUAGCUUUCCAAAGUCUAACUAUAGAUGGGAUAAUAUAUAUAUAUAUAUGUAUAUAUAUAUAUAUAUAUAUAUAUGUAUAGUACAUAUGUAUGUAUUAUCUUCGUGUAGAAACUUUAGUACCUAACUGAAAUUUAGCUGCUAAUUAACUACUGUUUAACUAUGAGAAAAGACAAUCUACUAUAAGCUUAAAACAAACACAUGCGUGUUAUAUCAAGAACUUCAGUUACCAAAAGAAAUACCAAAAAGAACAAAAAAUAAUUUUAAAUUUAAAUCGAAAUUAAAUAUUUUGUGUAGCGCAGCCUAAGCUAAGCUUUUGUGCCUCUCGUAGCUCUCUUUCUUUCUAGAAGCAUAAGUAAUUCGAAAUACUCUAAAAUUUGACGAGUUAUAUCAACAAAGUUGUCGGCUUUUGCAUGAGGCAUAUAUAGAACAAAUAUACAUAAACUAAUUAUAUAAAUAUAUUCUAAUAAAUAUAGAAAGGAAUCUUAUUAAACGAUAACUUAGUAGCCAA